AUGGCUUCCCCCAGCACAGGUGGAUCUUCGCUGGACGUUCCAUUGGUCAAUGAUUUCGAGGAUUCCAAUGGAGACGACAACGACACGAGUGGCUCGGCAACGAAAAAGGCAGCCUUCUUGCUACUUGUCGUCGUGGGCCUGGCGGCUCUGAUGCUGAACGGAUGUCCCCACUCCAAGAAUCAGUCAACCUUCGAUGCAAGUUUCGCUGAGGUUCAUACUCUUGAAGAUGGCGGCCCCAAAACCUAUGGUAUGGACGUAUCAUGGCCAAUUCAUGGCUCCAUCAGCGAGCGAAAUGACUUUCGACGACCGGAGGAUAGGUUUGCCAAGAACAGCCGUCAUGACACUUACAUCAAGCACCUUCAAGGUUGUCGAGCACACUAUGGAAAGUUUAGCAAGGCUGCUGCACGAACCUGCGACACGUACGAGUUUGAUCGAUUGCUCAUGAACAAACGACAACCUCAGUCCAUGGAGAACUACACUGACGUUGGCUUCAAAAAGAUUCGAGCGCCGCCUCGGGUUGCUAAAAUCAUUCAAGACUUCUGGGAACAGAACAAAGACAAACAGGUGCCCGAGGUAUGGCCCGAAGGUAACAUUUACUUGAAUCACUGGGAAUCUCCUUCCAUGAUGGUCUCGGUCGACGAUACUGGGUUGCGAGGAAGCGGCUACCAUCUCAAACGAAAUAUCUGGGAUUCAGCUCAAUCAACAAUCUCACAAUGGGCAGGAGGCCAAGACGUUACUCCAGUGUCCAUGUACGGCAUCCGUGUGUAUACCAACGGUUCCCUAUUGGUCCCACAUGUAGAUCGUUUACCAUUGGUGGCCUCUGCGAUGAUCAAUGUUGCUCAAGAGGUCGAAGAGGACUGGCCCAUGGAAGUGUAUUCCCACAAGACGGGAAUGGCGCACAAUGUCACGCUGCAUCCCGGAGAUAUGUUGCUCUUUGAAAGUCAUUCGGUUGUUCAUGGAAGACCGUUCCCAUUGAAGGGCAAGUUCUAUGCUAUGAUCUUCAUCCACUUCGAGCCCACAGGGCGUACUGCUUUGAAGCAAAGGGUUGGCGUUGACGAACAGUAUCGUCAGGCGGUUCAGGAUGGCGUUGGCGGUCAAUCUUCUUCGGAACAAAGCAGUUUGCUCCCACCUUACAUCCGUCGAUUCAGCCCCGAAGAAGAGCACUGGCAACGCGAGAACCCUGGGGGUUGGCGAUCCCCCGCAAUGAGCCCAGCUUCCUUUGAGCUACAACCAGAUGAUAAUGGAAACUCAGCUGCCGAAGAGCAACAACCAAAGCAACCGGAAGAACAUCAAGCGGCACGUGAUGGGGACAUUGCCUAUUGGGAGGCAGCACUCGACAAAGCAGCCAACCAGUACAAGCUGGUCAACCGCCGAGAUGCGUAUGGCUGGCAGCCAAUUCACGAGAGCGCUACGAAUGGCCGAGAAGAUCUUGUCGACCUGCUGCUUCGCCAUGGAGCUAACAUCAACGCCCGCACUCACGGUGGACGCGGAGGCACGCCACUCUUCUUGGCACAACACAAGCUGGGCAGUCAUCAUCCAAUAGUGAGCUUCCUUGUGGAUAGAGGCGCCUUGAGUAUCCCGCCAGAUUCCUUUCGAGAGGAGCUAUAG